GCCUAUAGAUCAACGCCUCUUUAUACAGCCCUAGAUUUAUCCUACACCACAAGCCCUGUCACACCGAACGGAGUAAACAGGAACAAAAUGGCGGCACUGACACGGUCAAGUGUCUUAGUAGCUAUCCUGGCAAUAUGUAUUUUGUACGUCUGGUCGAAGACUGAAGCUUCUCCGGCUCCUAAGGCUACAGGCAAAGCUGGAUUUCGCACGGACCUGGAGAAGGUGAUCCAUGCCACUCGCCAACAGACGCCAUUUCGCGGAAGGCAGAAGAGAAGUAUUUCCCUCAUAAGUGAAUCUGACGAUGCACAAGAUAGAGUGGCUCAUCGAACGGAAGUGGACAGUGCCCCCUCUCGCGGCCAGUGGUACACGGAACGUCGAGCUUAUCGGCUGAGAGGUAUCACAGACUGGAGAGGGGACUAUGGAAAUGACGGUAGGGAUACCUACUACUACGGAGGACGAUCUCGUAGCGGCGGGAGGUCCCAUGGGCAUCGAUAUUGGCCUGGUCAUGAGCCAGGAGGCAGGUCUCAUGGACGGCACCAGAGAGGAUGCUGGGGAUGUCACAGUGGCGGAAGAUCUCGCGGAUUCGACCAGAGUGGGGGCAGGUCUCGAGGAUGGGAUCACGGUGGAGGCAGAUCACGCGAAUGGGGCCACAGUGGAGGCAGAUCCAGAGGUCACGGAGGACGGUCCAGAGGAUACGCUUACGGGAGUAGAUAUGAUACGCGAGACCAUUACGGGCACAGUGCUGAAGACCGUGGUUACGGCUUUGCGGGCUACCACACAGAGUUCCGGUAUGGGUCGCCAUACGGACGUCACAGAAGCGGGGGCGGCUCUCCUGUGGAGAGGCGCCACUACCAGGCGAGAAUCAUUCUGUAGACGUAACAGGGAGCCACAACAGGCCACGAAACUUCAAUUAAAACGAAUUAUUCGUAGAGGCUUAUUGCAUUAGAUCCGUUGAACUCCAUCAAAUUCACGAGAAAGCUACGAAAACAUACAUUUAAAAAGGUAUUCAACAUCAUUCCAUUGUCGACUUAUCGCCCUGAGUUUUAACGUGACUGAAUCCAUGUGCAUUGCAACAAGCGACUAAAAUUACAUAGAAAUUACCGUAUAUAAGUGAAUACCAAAAAAUUUUUUGUCAGCUCACUCUUUUAAUCAUUGAUCCCCGUUAUUACAUGUAUGUCCAUUUAUUAUCGAUAUUCACGUGAAAGCCUUUAUCUCACGAGACAUCAAUCUCCAAACAAUGACGUAACCUGAUAACCAGAAUGCUCCAAUCCACUGUUCUCGCAGUUCUGCGAAGUAUGAUAUAAUAGCGGUACUUUACAGUAAUCCGCGUAUCGCAGGCCUACUUUCUGUGUUCCGAACGCUACCUAUGUUGUUGUCAGCCAGAAGUAUGCGAUUACCAACAACACGGUCUUAUGGGGAGCCAAAAGGUCUAUGGCGUUAUCACGCAGUACCGUUCUUCGCGCUGAGUCGUGUGAUUGCCGUGCACUUUACCACAAGGUCACUAUGGUUGUUUUGGAAUCAUCUGCAGUACACCUACGUACGAGUUCAAGAUGUACCGUCAAUUAUCAAUGUUUUCAGUAGCCACAUUGUUCUUUAAUGUCGUCUGUGAAGUUUUAUGCACAGGUAGGCUAUGGCUUUAGCCAGUUCUAGUUCUCUUCAGCAUUCUGAGAGUUUGUUUAUGCUCCAAAGAAGCAUACUGUAAAUGUAUUUAUGUAUUCUUUGAGUGUAUAUUAAUUGGUAUUGGUCCAUUUGUAUGUUUCAUGCAUCUUUAGUCUGGUAAAUACAUAUCACUCUCGUUAUGGAGAUGUUUGCUUGGUCCACUAAAUAUAGAUGUAUACAUAUGUAACAGUGAUGUCACACCAAAAACUAUAGUAUAUAACAGUCUGUUGUUGUCUUUUGGGGUAUUUUUUUUUAUAGGGAGUAAAACCGGAGCAGCGACGGCAGCGGGAGAGCUGGGAAAUAGACGUAACCAUGAAACACGGCCUCUUGUCAGUUUAUCUCAGGGUUUUGUUCUAACCAUUCAUGUAAAUGCCUUAACAGUAGCAAAUUACACGCCCCUAGCACCAUGGCUUAAGUAGAAGUAGGUAAAUAAAAUGCAGUGAUGUUAUUUGCAAUUUAUUAGACGUCACUGGUCUAGAAUUACUCAACCAUGUCGCGAAGAUAAUUCUGUAACGGAUUGCUGAUACGACUGUUUCAUUAUCGUGUGGCCUAAUAAAAUCUAUAUACAUUUA